CGAAACGACAACGAAAUAAACAUCAACAAAAAAUAGCAGCCGAGCCCCCAAAGUGAGAACAGAUUCAGUCGAACUGUGUCGCAGCAAACAAACAAAGAAACACAAACGCGAAAUACCAACAAACGCGGUGGCGCCAAGAUUUAAAUUCUGUCUUGAAAGUUGUGCAAAUUUAUAUUUUUAAAUUAUUCAGUUAGAGAGUUGGAGAAUUUUAUCCACAAAAUACGAUGGUGAAUCGCAGCAAGACGCCGCGGUCGCUGGGCGAAGGCGAUACUGGCCCCAGCAAGGAGAAGGACAUCGAUCAGGUCUACUGCGUGGUGCUGCAUGUCGUGGAGGCCAUCAACUUCAUUGGACGCGAUGGCGAACGGGAAAGUAUCGUGAUGAAUGCCGCACUCAAUACGGUGGACUUUGAGGUGGAGGGCACACCCUCGGCGACGGCAGAGACCAUCAUCUUCAACAGCAACUGCAUCUGGGAGUGCGACAUGGCGGGCAUCAAGCGCAUCAAGACGGACCAUCGACCCGUGAAGCUCACCUUCUUCGCGUGCAGCAAGCACCUGCAGCGCAAACCCAUUGGCACUGUGCUGCUGCCGGUGCGAGGACUCCCUGUGCUGACCACGACGAGCAACAACAACCCCGUGCAGCUGAAAAUGAUUUGGCACAAGCUGAUCUGCACCAGCACCGAGUACCGGUCCCACAAGCCCGAAGUGCUGCUCAUGCUGGCCAUCAUCAAGAAGUCCAUUCUGCACGCCAAGGACUUUGAGCCACUGCUGCAGGUCUCACACAUCAAACAGCCAGCUCCUUCACCGAUAGUCAAGUCGCCGGGUCACUCGAUCACUGCCAGCAUGCUGCAGUCCCAGGCCAAUGUCUACGUGCAAUCACUAGUCCAACUGGGUCUGCUGCAGGUGGGCAAUGAUCCGCUGAUCGACUGCGACAUCAUCGAGGUGAAGCUGCAGUUCAAGAAGCUCAAGAACCUGUCCAAGCUGCUCAAGUCGCUCAGCCAGGGCAAGGAGCCGGCCACCUCCAUUAACCUGGUCUUCGAUUUCGUGGGCAACGUGACCAGCAUUGAGCUGAAGACCAACGACUCCGAUGCCUACAUGCUGAGCGAUGAGCUGGGACUCCGCUUCAAGUCCUCCCUCCAGAGCAUGCGUCUGUACUUCCAGCGCAUCUUCUAUUUGCCCAUAAACAUGUACGUGAAUGGAGCGGCCAUUGCCAAUUACCGCAUGGACUUUGGCAAGCUGCUGCCGGCGGAUAGUUACUUCCUGGAGAAUCGCAAAUUUGUGCGCAACGGCUGCCUCACCUUCAAUCGCUUUGGGCGCAUGGACAGCUCCAGGGACAUUAAGCCGCAGCUCGAGUACUCCUUCAGUGUCGAACUCAAGGCCAUUUACUCACGGCCGAACGACGGACCGGAGGAGUCGGUACAAUAUCAGCCUGAAGCGCCUUUUGUGUUGACAAAAGAACAGCAACAGCAGUCCAGCGAGUCCAACCAACCAAAGCCUGAUAAUGUCAGCUUCAAGGAGAAUGAAGUUUUGCCCUUGAUAGAAGUGCAGAACUCCGGCAAUCCUGUGUGCGUGGGCCGGGACUUUCGAAGGCGCAAAAAGUUGAGUAGCCAAAUCCAAAAUGAGUUCGGCCUGGACACAGAGGAGGGUUUGGUCCGAAAAUCCAUAGAAACGAAGAAGAUUUGUAACUCCCUCUUCCAAUACUCCUCCGAGUCCAAUGCGGAAUGUCUGGCCAUAUACAAAAAUCAACAAUUCGAUAAUGACAAAUCAAACAAGGAACAAGAAAGCAGCCAAGGGACAAAUGAAGAGUCCAUGGCAGAUGGAAAGGAAAAUGUAAAAGCUUUAAAUAAUGUGGAAACAAAUGAAUCCAACAGCAUGGAGAAGCCACAAGUUCCACCCAAGAGAGCCAAAAUGAACUCCAAGUCAGCGUCAAAGGCAGAAGAAAUGGUUGCCGUAGAGCAAACUGCCUCCAUGGAGCAGUUGACCAAGCUGUUGGGACAGGAGGUGGAAAAGCUGACAAAGAGCGUUGAGAUCAUCGAGAACAGAAGCCAACAAGACUUGAGAAUAGCCAGAAAGAUGGAAAUCGAGGAGGAUGACUUUGAAAGCGACUCCACUCUGUGCUCCUUUCGCCCACAAAAACAUCAGAGAAAGUCCUCGAAAACGGAACUUCCAGCAUCCCAGCACAGUUCUGCCACAUCCAUAAGCCAUAAGCACAGCAAAGAAAGAAAGAAAGGAAGACGUUACUCAGGACAGAAACGAUAUGUGCAGCAAAUUAUUGAUGAAACGGAAACCAGCAUGGAGCAUGGAUCUUUGCCACGUGAUUGUCCUGCCUCCAGCACAUACAGAGUUAAAGUGAAGCACAGCGACUUGGACGUCUCGGAGUGUGACUUGUUCAAAGUGCAUCAUGGCAAACGCAAGUCAAAGUCCGAUGAACAGCUAUCCAAGGCACCAGCGGCCAACUCCCUGAAGGUCUUCGCAAAGCCAAAGUCUGCCAACACAAGGGACAAAAUAUCCACGACGGAGCUCAGCCUGCGCGCACGUUGGGUCGAGGUGAACAAGGAACAGGCGAAGGCCCUCGAUGAAACGGCAAAGUUCAUUCAACAGACAUGCCAGAACGAGAUCCGCAAGGUGCAGCAAGAGGAUCAACAGGCUUUGGGGCAGCCACAGUUGGUCGAAUCCAAAAGGAAUAUCCGAAAAGUGCGCUCCAGAAAGCUGCGAAUUCAAAGGGAGGUUUAUUCCGAUUCCGAUUCCGACUCUGACAAUUUGCAUGCUGAGAAUGCAAAGAAAAAGUAUGUCGAAUCGGCAGAGAACUCAGUGUCCAUUGUGGGUUCCGAGAGCUCUGUGCACGUCAUCAGCUCCCAAUCGAGUGAUCAGCGCAUCGAGCGGAUUAUCAAGAAGAUGAAAGUAUCCAAGACGACAAUCCAGGAGGAAAAGUAUGAGCCCGAAACGUCAAAUGAUUUGCCAGAUAAGCUGCUGAAAAAGAAAUCGUCUAGAAAAAUACCAAACGAAGCAUCUGUGGAGUCGUCAGAGCAAUUGGAAGAAUCAGUUCAGGCGCAGCCCAAGAAAAAGGUUCACCGUAAGCGAUCGAAGCCCGGGAUUCAGCAGCCAUCAGAAGACGAUCUAACAUCAAUGGGGACAUUGGUUGAGCUGAAAUCAUCGAAUAAUGCUCUCCGGCAGUCCAGUUCCCGCAAGUCUCUCGAACGAACCUCUUACAUGAGCGCUCUGGAUCAAUUUUGUAACCCAAAUAGUGUUAGCGAGAAGGUAAAAGCCUGGCGCCAGCAUCAGAUACAGCUCUUUGAGGAGGAACUGGCGCGCAAGGAGCAGCAGUACAAGAAAGAUCUGGAGCAAAUGGAAGACCAAGAUGGGACUUUGGUUCGCAGCCAGGGGGUGUCGCAUAAGGGGACAAUCAUUGAUUACGAGGCAAAGUUCAAAGAGUUGGAGCUGCACAUCAACCAGCUGCAGAGGGAGAUUGACGAGCAGGUGCGGCUCUUUGCUAACCGUAGUCAGGAAAUGCGCCAGGAGAACAAGCAGCUGGAGCGGGAGAAGUUGAUGCUGAAGGAGCGCAUCUUCCACAUGGAGAUGCAGAUCCACGAGCUGCGCGGCAAGGCCAAGGCACCCGAUGACAGGGAUCUCAACCACAUACUCAAGGAGAUGCGCUCCCAGAACGAACGAUUCAUGGAGCUGUCCAAGGAGAAGGAUCGCUACAAGAAGCAGUGGCGUCGCUCGGCCAAAGAAGUCAACGAACUGAAGCGGGCUCUGAUCAAGGAGAAUGACCCAAAAGAGUCCUUAAUCUCGAGUGAAUUUCCGUUUAAUCUGAGGGAAAUCCUCACCAAGAAUGAGGAAGAGUUUGAGCGGGAAUUCGGAAAGCUUCGCUAUGCCAAUGGGUCACCCAGUUUCCUUGUUAAAUCCUUUGACUGAAUCGGCGGACUAUGCUUCUGGCGACGAUUCUGGCAAUUUGUGAAAUUGUCUUUUACCAAAUUAACUGUACAAAUUUUUAGUUUAUUU